CCGCCUCAGCGCCCGCCCCGUCCGCGCGCCUGCGCCAGCGCCAUGUUGCGGCGGGCGGCGGGGGCGGCGGCCCGGGUCCUUCUGAGCGCAGCCCCGCCACGGCGGCCCCGGAACGCACCGAUACCGGUACCGACACCGAUACCGGCACCGGCCCCGGUCUGCACCGCCGCGCCGGGCCCCGUGGGGCAGCUUCAGGCCUCGCACUACCGCCUGGUGUACACCUGCAAGGUCUGCCAGACACGCUCAGCAAAAACAAUUUCCAAGUUAGCCUACCAUAAAGGGGUGGUCAUUGUGAAGUGCCCCGGCUGCAAGAAUCACCACGUCAUAGCAGAUAACUUGGGAUGGUUCUCAGAUCUGGAAGGAAAAAGGAAUAUCGAGGAAAUCCUGGCAGCCAAAGGGGAGAAGGUGAGACGUGUGGUUGGUGAGGAAGCCUUGGAGCUGCUUCUGGAAAGCACGGCAGAUACCGGGUCUCAAAGCCAUCCUACAGAGGGAGAAGGUGGGGAAGGCCCCCCAGAGACUGGCGGCAAGGGACAGACGUGACAAGUGGGAUUUGUGUCGUUCUGCUGAUGGCAGGAGAGACUGUUAACAUUUCUUCCCUAAUUUCAAUGGUCUAUGUUUAAAAUAAACUCAGGCGUCGGUCUUCUC